AUGGUUCAUAGCCACAUUCACCCAGGCCGCAUUUGGUCUUUACUGCCUAGCCAGGAAAUCGCAUUGAAACAAUUUUGGGCCAUCCUAUUGAAGUCAUUUGGAUAUGAAAUCAACUUAUCCAACGAGGACAUCAAAUUUGCACGUGGGUUGGUCAGUUCUGUUGACAUGUCCAACUACGAGGGCAGCGCAGCUCUGACUAUUUCUGUCAGUAAGUAUGAGAGCUCAGUGGAAUCUGAAACUCUGUCGCUCAGGUUUCAGAACUCAUGCAAUAACAUCAAAAGCGUUUACUACCUGCUUGAAACAGAGAGCUAUGCCGAUGAUGAUGGAGAUGUUUUUUCGUUGUACCAUCAAGAGCAGCACCCACUCUUGGCCAAUUACAUUCCAGAAGACUUACACCGGAGUCUCUUUACUUAUUGUCGAAAUGAGAACCUUGACAACUUUCUUCUUCGCUUUUUGCGGUAUCAAGACUUCGAUGUGAAGUCAUCCUUGAAGAGUUUCGCAGCAAUGUUGGAUUGGCGUAUCAACAAAUUUGAUGUCGAAGAUUUAGUCAACAAGAGUGACGCGCAUCUUUACUUUGAAGGAAAACUGCGCAAAUUAAUCAAUAUAAUGCGCAGUAAUGAGGUAUACUUCAAAGGUGUUCUGAGGAGUGGCUGUCCUGUUGUCCACAUUCGUACCAAGAAUCAUAUUCGCAGUAACUGUCCGGAUGAAGACUAUGACAAGUACGUGGCAUUGAUGUUUGAAUGGGGAAGGCUAAUGCUUCUGGAGUACAAAACAGGUACCGACCGUUUUCAUGUGAUCUACGACUUAACAGGCUUUUCACUUAAGAACGCUGACUUCAGAGCCAUCAAAUUCAGUGUCAAGGCGUUCCAACGCUGGUACCCAGACGUGGUAGAAGUGGUGUACAUGCACAACGCUCCCCGGGUAUUUCCUUUGGUCUGGAAUAUGGUGGUAAAGUGGUUGAAACCCCAAGUAAGGGACAAAAUUAUAUUCACCAGAGGUCCGGAUGCAUUGAAGAAAUACAUCGACCCUAAGUUCAUUCCCAAAUUUCUUGGAGGGAAGGACGCUAUACCAGCCUACGUUGAGCCUACAACAUUCAACAGCCAGCGUAAGGAACCUGAUGCCAUGUUUAGCAAUCUCUUGAAACAGCGAGAUGAAUUGACGGUGCGUUUCAUCGACUCUACCAUCAAAUGGAUCGAGGCCACGAACACAAAAGAGUCGCGGCAGCAUCUCGAAAGCAAAAUCAACAUUUGCAAAGCCAGAGCACAGAAUUAUAUUUACCUCGAUCCUUAUCUACGGACGCCUGGAAUUUGCGACCGUAAUGGCCAGUUGGGCAAUCUCUCAUACUAA